AAGACUUCCCCAUUUGGGAAUAUUUUUUCCAUCAACAAGGUAUUUCAUCAAAAGAAGCAGAAAGAUCGCUGUGGACAACGAACGGGAAGAACAGCAACGGUCCAGCUUGUUUAGAAACAUGUCUGGGUACCCGCUGAGCAACGUGUCCGUUGGAUUGGGGUCCAUGUUGCCCGCAUGUAAAGAAAUGAGAGUAAAUCCUGUGCCAUCAAAUCUGGUUUACCUGAACGCGAAUGCGAAUAAUAACAAUCAGGUAGAUCACGGGGGGGGGGAUGCUCAAAAAAAGGACAGGGGUAGUAGCCCCCCGAGGAGUGCCUCCCGCAGCAGCGCGAACCAAAGUAACAGCAAAAAUGAUGCAAAGGAUGAGAAGCAAGCGCUGGAGUGCACUUCGUAUAAAAUUGGGAAAGGAAAAAAAAAAAAUAAUAACUUGGACAGCAUGGAAGAGCUGCUGUUCAAAUUAACAAACGGGAAUUUUAAAGCAGAAAAGCACCACGUGUAUACGGCGGAUGGGUACAGAUUAAAUUUAUAUAGAAUUGUAAGUACCAAUAAGAAGGAUAAUUUGCAAAAAAAAAAAGAAGUGUUUUGCUUAAAUCAUGGACUGUUCGAGUCCUCCAUCAGCUACACUUGCAAAGGGUACGAGUCUUUAGCUUUCCAGAUUUUCGCCAAUGAUUAUGAUGUCUGGAUAAGCAACAACAGGGGUAAUGCCUUCACAAAAUAUGUGGGGAAAGACUACGCCCUGAAAAAGUUAAAGGAAAGAUACAGCCUACAAGAUCUCAAGGACAUUGGCGUGGAGGUCACUGAGGAGAUGGCCGCGCAGGGGAGUAGCAGUGCCUCUGGUGACGACGAAAAGAAGAGCACAGAGAGUGCAAGCAGCAGUGAUGAAGAAGGCUGCCGUGAGAAAGGCAAAAACAACAACUUAAGGAAAGCAGGCAAAGCUGAUGAUAACGCUGCUAAUAAUAGCAGUGGGAAGAAGAACUCCGAGGGGACCAAAAGCAGUGUGGAGGAGAGUAAAAGUGUCCCUCCAUGCUGCGGAACCCCCGGUGCGAAGCCCUCCAUAGGAGAUGCCUCUCCCGCAGAAGGAGGAAGCAAAGUCGGGUCCAACAAAGCAGAGAAGUCAUCUCCAUGCACUAGCAGCAGCAGUGAUAGUGAAGGCCCCGAGGACGCACCCGCCAACAUUGACAGUCGAGCACUUUCGGAUAUUUUUAAGAGGGCAAAGGGGAGCAAAGGCGCUGAUAAGAAUGAGAGCAUUAAGAAGGUGUACUGCGGCAUCGGCAUCCCCGAUGAGGUGGACCCCAGUCUGAGCGCGGAUGACGAAUCGACUGUGAACAGUGAGGGGGAGAAGCAGGAGGAGGACGAGUUGGACGAGGGAGACUACAAUUUGGGCUACGAAAUAGACGGCAGUCCAGACCCCCCCGGGCCGUUCGGAGACUCAUCCAGCUGCGACUCCAAUAUGGUGUGCAGCUUCCCGUAUGUGCCCAAGGACCCAGAAAAUGGCGAAGCAGCGGGGGAAGCCGCGGAAUGCGCAGAGGGAGUGGAGGACGGCGAGGAAGUGGAGGAACUAGUCAACUUGAACAAGCACAGCGAAGAAGAUGACGUGGUCGAGCUGAACGUCCCCGAAAUGGACAAUUGGACCUUCGAAGACAUGGGGACGAAGGACCUCCCAGCAGUUAUAAAAUACAUCAAGAACAAAACACAGAGGGAACAAAUUGUGUACGUGGGAUUCUCCCAAGGAAGUGUGCAGCUUUUAAUCGGCUGCUGCCUGAACGAUUAUCUAAACAACAGCAUUAAACGGACCUACCUCUUGUCCCUUCCGAUUAUCCUGAAGAACAAAGACAAGUUGCUCAAGUCUGUGAAGAUGUUGCUCAUCGCUUCGAGGUGGUACAAGGCAAUCAUUGGCAGUAAGGAGUUCAUACAGAAGGUUUUUCCGGAGAAAAUGAGCACCAGCAUGAUCUCCAGCUCAGCUGAUUUAUUUACGCGUAACUUUUUUAAGCUGUACACGGAAAACGUAGACGAGAAUUAUAAAAAGAUUUACUUUAGACAUACCCCCAGUGGGACCACUUCCAAAGCGAAUUUAAAAAAAUGGUGCUCUUCUCUUCAUGAUGGUCCCGUGUCAGAGGCCAUAGACAAAUAUGCACACAAGUGCUCCUUCCCCAUUACGCUUGUGUAUGGCAUUAAGGAUUGCUUGGUGGAUGCCGAGAGGUCUAUUGAGUAUAUGAAGAAGAAGUUUACGAAAAACGACUUGAAGAUUAUCUCCGAGCCAGAGUGGUCGCACAUAGACCCUGUGCUGGCGGACAACCGGAACGUCGUGCUGUCCUGCAUUCUGGAGGAUCUGAAGGGGGAGGAGAAGGAGACGAAGCAGGAGGAGGAGAAGGAGACGAAGCAGGAGGAGAAGGAGACGAAGCAGGAGGAGGAGAAGGAGACGAAGCAGGAGGAGAAGAAGCAGACGAAGCAGGAGGAGAAGAAGCAGACGAAGCAGGAGGAGAAGAAAAAGCAGCAGGAGGAGAAGAAAAAGCAGCUGAAGAAGUAG